AUGGAGCUUGGGCGGGCUGGCGGGCUGGGAACCGUGUUGGAGACACGGUCCUAUACGAUUUUCCGCGUCGAGAUCAAUGCCCAGCAAGGGCACCAGCGGGGCCUGGUCAUCUUCGAAGACCAGCCCUAUGUGGGCUCCGUCAAGACGAGACAGCCUUUGCCCUUGAAUGAGGCCUUGGACAACGCAGUCUUCGGGCAACUGAUGAUGGUCGACUACAUGAUAGUCCCGCUGUCGUCAUUGUCAUUGACGUCGCCGCCGGGGACAAGGCCCGAUGAGAAGCCAAGCUUCAGGUUCUUCUCAUUGUCUGCGCCCGCGCAAUCCGUGAUACGCAAGAACCUGACGCUCCCGCCGAAGCGGACUCGGCAGGGAGAAAUCUUCUGCGUUGACCCGGCUGCUGCUCGGCCGGCAAGAGCUAUUUAA